CGCGGUGCGCGUGCGCAGACCGCAGCUGCUCUUCUAGAGGUGAAGGAGGAAGGACAGCGUCGGCUUCUGAGGCGAGGGCAAGCUCUUUCCCGGCCUUGCUGUGAGACGAGAAGACAUCACCAUGUCAGCUGCUCUUUUGCCUAAACCAGUAAUGAGAGGCCUCCUGGCCAAACGUCUGAGAAACCACCUUGGAAUUGCGUUCAUCUUCAGUCUUGCAUGUGCGACUGCAUACAAGUUUGGUGUGGCUGAACCGAGGAAAAAAGCAUAUGCAGAUUUCUUUAAAAACUAUGAUUCUGUGAAAGAGUUUGAGGCCAUGAGGAAAACUGGGGUGUUUGAAUGUACGGGAUUCAAAUAAUUGCAAGCUGAUAUCUAGAUCCUCCUCCUUGGAGACCUAAAUAUUGAAAAUCACUGUUUCUGUGAUCGAUACCUUAUGAGCUACUUUAGUGCUGGUCGUGCUGUAAUGUUGCUCAUUAAAUGAAGUACUUAUGUCAAA